UAACAUCCGUUGCAGAUUUAACUCAUUCCGGCAUCAUUUUGGUGGCAUCUCCAACUAUCCGCCUCAAAUCAUCAUUCAGUUCCUGUGUUCGACUCAGACGACCAGCAAACAUGAGCUCUGAACUCAAUUACCGACGGGCAAAACCAGGCAAAAAGACAUUUCAGGGUAAUCCUGCAAAUGGUGUUGUUGGCCCAACUUCUCAGAUCCCUGGGCUGUGUCAGACUGCCGACACAGCACCAGAGGAGAGAACCACUGGCCGGAGGGUGGGGAUUUUUGAGAGCGACUCGGAUUAUGUUAAGCUGGCCAAAGGAGGAGGGCAUAAAGGAUUGCUCUCGCAUGACGAUGUGGAGGAGGGUCAGGGGGGCAACCCAUCCUAUAGGCCUCCUGAGUGGUUCUCGGCCAACUCUGGCUCCAGGUCCCCGUUAAGCCCAAGCCAAGCGUCUUCAGCUGACAGCACCUCCUCCAACGGAGGCCACAAGAGUUCGUCCAAAGGGGCAGCCCGGUUGCUGGCUGCUCCCUUUGGUACGGAUGAAAUCUCCCCCUGGGAUCAAGACACUGAUGCCUUUACCGCUGGUAAAGACAAGGUGGGCAAUGCUACUAAUCAGAUGGAGAAGCUGACCAUGAAUGAUUCCAAGGAGUUUGGAAAGUACAAAAAGAUGUCAUCCAACACCUCUGCCAACAGUUCACAUGACAAGAAGACUGCAAAAGAUCAAGUGAGCAUGUCCAAGCUUUUGAGCUUUGGGUACAUGGAGGAGGAUGAGAAGAAAUCGGUCGUCGAUGAUGACGCUUCCAGUAUGACGUCCGAGCAGACCAGCACCAUUGCCCCAGAGGACGAGCUGGAGUAAGCGGCGGAGGCGGCCGGCGGGGAGGUGCGGAGCCCAGGGCGUCCCUCCCUGCUUCUUCACUCAUACUCACGCCAGUUACAUGUCUUUGUUCUCUUAACAUCUGUCAAAAGGCCAAGCUCAUACGGAACUUUUUUUCCUUUUUUUUUUUUUUGUAAAGUCAUUUUGUUAUCGUACAUGAAUGCCAAGUGGUACAAGUCCGUUGGUACUAAAUAUUUUUUUGUUGUUGUUGUUGUUGUUGUGACUGCAAAGAGGGCAAAUGUAGUGUAUGCGCUCAGCCUGCUAAACAAAUGCAAGGUACAAGUUUGUGUUUUGAAUUUUGUUUGUUUUUUUUUGUUUGUGUUUUUAUUUUUUAUGGUUUGUAUUUUUGUUUUGUUUUAUCUCUCAGGCACUACUUUUUUUCGUUGAUGUUUUAAGGGCUCCGUUUGUUGGUGUGUGAGCUCACUGUAAACAUUGCACACAUCCCACCCAGCAGAGCAGCUUUUUGGAACUGCAGCAGUGAAUCCUAGUGUGAGUUUACCUUCGUAUUUAUGCAGUUAGGCUCUAGAUAUGACUUAGGAACACAUUUGUCAUUAGUAACUGGUAAGCCACAAGUAAGGGACAUAACUAGUGUGAGUGACACUCCUGGAUCAAAAAAUCACAUUUUCACAUAACAAAAAAAAGAAUAGCUAACGAGCCUGGGAAGAGUGAUAGCCUUGAUAUUGUUCACUGGCAUAACAGUAGUACACUUGUUAACUUACUGAUUUUUAACUCCAUCAGAAUGGCCCGUCCAUCAUUUUAUUUGUCUCAGAAUUGAAAUAGAACACUUUUUGGAAUGAAAUCUCUGACAAAGCUUCAUUUUGAAGGAUGCAUGAUGUGAUGGAACUGAGUAGAUCUUCAAUCCAUUUCUUUGAUCACUAAGAGAGCAAGUUACAACACUAACUUAAGUCACUCGUGGUGCACAGAAGUCUCUGUUUUGAGUGUGAUAUUGUACUAUCUACUUCUCUUAACCAUCACUGCGAUUCUGAAUCAUAUGUAAAAGCUGUUUCAUGGUACAUUUUUAAGAGCUGAAUUGGCUCCGGGUCUCUCUUUUCCCCUCUGUUGCUGUAUACCUUUUCAUGUGGGCCCUUCCAAGUGAGUUGAGGUUGAAUGUACAGUGAUGUGUUUGUUGCUUUUCUUGCUAGGAUGCAGACAGAAGUCGUCCACACUGAAACUGGUUGGAUGUUUGUAAGGGCCAAGCAAUGGGAGAGGGGAUCUAGGCCCAUGCCAUGGAAAGCCUUGUAUGAUUGUUCUUUUGUUUGGUUUUCAACUGACCAGUUAACACUUGCUGUUGGUUUUGAAACAAAGAUCAAUGAAGAUGUCUGCAUGUA